UCUAGGAGGAACCCAAGUUCGGCUAGGGUACUGCCCUGACAUGCUUCUGUUCCUCGAUUCCUUGCCUACCUUGGCCAACGACACAUUGGUCGAUCUUGUCUUUGCUGAUCGCAUGGAGGACGCCAAGUUGCUGUGCGAUGGGCAUGUUUCAUUGGAACAUGAGUUCAAUAUCAAGCUUCCUGGAAAUGAUUUCAAGAUUACCCAAAACUUUAUCACAGCGAUCCGUUAAAGAAAAGCGGUUAAACCCCAGGGCUUUACAUCUACGGUGAUGACGUCGAGAUCCAGAUCGCAUGCUAGGCGCCUAGAGUACGCAUUGCAACAGGCUCAGGCCACCGGAUUGCAGGAAAAGCUUCUGGAAAGACUGGAAAGACUUCUCAAAGAAAUGGUAUAUUGGGGUAUCCCAAUUACACAGGAAGCCUUGAUUGCAAUGCUACGCUGGAUGGGACCAACAAGAAGCACCGAGAUUAUCGAGGGCCAGUGCGAAGUAUUCGAGGUCGAUCAGAAGUUAGUGGAGGAAAUCAGGAAAAGCUUUCUCCACGAGCCAAUGCGCCGUUGGAUUGAAGCUAUGAUAGACAGCGACAAUAUCGACUUCGGAUUUGACGUUGUAGGAUACUGUCGUCAGUUCGAGGAUAAAUCGGAUAAGAGUUGGUCACAUAGCGCGUCUGUCGCAUAUUAUUACGGCACGCAGCCAGGGGUUGGAAGUAGCUUGCAUUCACCUCACUAGACCAAAAAAGGAAAGCAGUUUAUACUGAGAGAAUGUAAGUUCCACGUGA